GAAGAGGCGUGCUGGUAUUUUACAUGUCGCUUGUCGCAUUAUGAGAACUUCACUAAUUUCCCAUUUAGUGAUGUGACAGAGGCGGCAGCAACUAGUGGUUGCGAAAUACCGUGGCAUUUCACGUCCCGGCGGCGGCGGUGACCAAAAGAGCAACCAACGAGUACCGCCACCGGCCACCGCGUUAGAUUCUUCGAUCUCUCUAGUUGCCAAGCUGGUGCUCUCAUUGGGUUAGGUGAAGCAAAAAGAUUCGAUCUUGAUAGGAGCGGAAGGGGCAGGAGUGGCGCGAGAAUACGAUGCUCUCCAAGUUCAGCGUUUCUUGGUUCAACAAUGGUUCGAUUGCAAGUCCAGGAGGAACAGGACCCAGUUCCUUAUUUUUGUAUCGAAGUGACUGCCGAAGCCGCAGGUUGAGGUUUAAGCUUGUGGGUCAGUCUCCUGGGGACAACAAAUGGAAGCUCAAGGAAAUUGAUACCAAGGCAGUUCAGGAACAGUUGAGCUCAUGGCUAUCGAAGACCCAAAAUUUCAUUACUGAGGUGGCUUCACCGCUGGUCAAGUCUGGUUCGAGUGGGAAAAUCAUUUCUAGAAAAGCUAAUGAUAGUCUAGAGCUGGAGGAAGUGUUUCUGGUUGAGCCAACGAUUCAAAGAAAUACACGGAAGGGAGUUCUCUCAUUGGCUACUUUGAUUUUUAAAGCACUUGUUGCAGAGCCUGUUUAUAGUGAUGCUCGUAACUUUGUGGAGUAUUGCUGCUUUAGGUUUGUGUCCAAGGAUAGUUCUGCCUUCCAUCCAUGCCUCAAGGAAGCAGCAUUUCAGAGGCUAAUCUUCAUCACUAUGCUUGCAUGGGAGAAUCCUUACUGCAAAGCAAAUCAUUCCGAAGAAGCUUCAUUAAAGGGAAAGCUGGUAGGGGAAGAGGCAUUUAUACGUAUUGCUCCAGCUGUUCCUGGUGUUGCUGAUCACUCCACAGUGCAUAACCUUUUCAAAGCCCUGGCUGGUGAUGAAAGAGGCAUCUCAGUUGAAGUGUGGUUAACGUAUAUUGAUGAACUUCUCAAAGUGCAUGACGCUCGAAUGUCAUACCAGACUCAUGAUGAUUCUCCAAUUCGGAAUGAAAGAGUCCUGUGCAUUGGUUCUAGCAAGAAGCAGCCUGUCCUGAAAUGGGAAAAUAAUAUGGCAUGGCCAGGGAAAGUAACUUUGACAGACAAAGCACUCUAUUUUGAGGCUGUUGACCUACUCGGUAAAAAAAGCUCUACAAGGCUUGACCUUACAAGAAAUGGAUUUCAAAUUCAAAAGACAAAAGUUGGACCCUUAGGUGCUUUCGAUUCUGCAGUCUCCGUUGGAUCAAGUUCUGGAUCAGAAAAAUUGGUGUUAGAGUUUGUUGACUUGGGAGGGGAGUUGAGACGAGAUGCUUGGCAUGCAUUUAUCUCUGAAGUUGUUUCACUGCAUAAGUUCAUAUCCGAGUUUGGACCUGAGGAUAGUGAUCCCUUACUGUCUCGAGUAUAUGGUGCCCAGAAAGGGAAGGAAAGGGCUAUCAAUGGUGCAAUUAACAGCAUAGCCAGACUUCAGGCUCUUCAGUUCAUGAGGAAAUUGGUGGAUGAUCCUCUCAAACUUGGUCAGUUCUCGUACUUGCGCAGUGCGCCCUUUGGGGAGAUCGUGUGCCAAAGUCUGGCUCUUAACUAUUGGGGUGGGCCCUUAGUUAAGACCUAUACAAAUGAUGAUGACUUUCAACCGACUCCAGGGGCAACACCACCCAGUGAUGGUGUAUCAAAACUCAAUAGUCAUUUGCUUGACGUAGAUGGAAGCAUUUACCUAAGGCAGUGGAUGAUGAGAUCGCCUUCUUGGUCUUCCAGUGCUUCCAUUAACUUCUGGAAGAGCUCAUCCAAAGGGCAAGGUGUAGUUCUAAGUAAAGAUCUUGUUGUUGCCGAUCGGAGCCUAGUCGAGAGGGCAGCUUCAACAUGUAGAGAAAAAUUCAAAGUGGCAGAAAAAACACAAGAGACGAUAGAUGCUGCCAUGCUUAAAGGGAUACCAAGUAACAUUGACCUUUUCAAGGAACUGAUACUCCCUCUAUCCAUGACUGCAAAGAAUUUCCAAAAGCUGAUGCGAUGGGAAGAACCACACCUGACAAUAUCUUUUCUUGCAUUUGCUUAUUCCAUAAUUUUCAGAAAUAUGCUGUCAUAUAUAUUUCCGACGAUGAUGAUCGUUUUGGCAGCUGGGAUGUUAACACUAAAGGGGCUAAAGCGGCAAGGCCGCUUGGGAAGGUCAUUUGGAAAAAUCGUUAUCCGUGACCAACCCCCUUCCAAUACCAUUGAAAAGAUUAUAGCUGUGAAAGAUGCCAUGCGAGAUGUGGAAAACUACCUCCAGAAUCUCAAUGUCGCGCUUCUCAAAAUACGAAAUAUCUUUCUUUCAGGUCAACCACAGGUGACUAUGGAGGUCGCAUUGGUGCUAUUGUCUUCAGCUACCGUCCUUCUCAUCGUUCCAUUCAAGUACAUUCUCGCAAUUUUCCUCUUCGAUCUCUUCACCCGGGAGCUCGAGUUCCGCAAAGAAAUGGUGAAAAAGUUCAUAACCCUACUGAAGGAGCGUUGGGAGACGGUCCCCGCUGCACGGGUAGUCGUGGUUCCAUUCGAGAGUAAGGAGUCCAGAUCAGCAAAUGAAGGCAAGAAGCCUGAUGAAUAGUCGUCAAUCAUUGCGAAAAAGAGAGAUGAAGAACUAAAACAAAAAAGUGUACAGUGGCUGCUUAGAGGUGCAGAUAUGCAGGUUUGAAUCUGCAUGCAUAGUUUUGUAAUUCAGAAAAUUCUGGUUGUAGUUCCCUACCAUAUUUUGUGUAGUUUAUCAGUUUUAGUAGUUCUCUGCCAUAUCUGAAUGCUGUUAUAGGUGUUACAUAAAGGAUCUUAAUAUGCAAGCGAUAAUCCAAACCCACCAUGCAAAAGGUAGAACUUCAAACCGAUCAUUGGAGGAGGAAACAGCACUGUUAUUAUUACUGCAAACUACAUUGCUGUCGUUGUAGGAGCAGAGUGUUUGAUUCCCGCAUGCACAUCAUAAACAAUGAAUCAUCUUGUUGUAAUAACUAGUUACUUCUGAUUGCCUGAAAAGAGAGUAUCAUACUACAAGGCAUACUUGUUUGAACACCUCCGAGUAAAUCUUCGCCACACAUACCAUAGGAUCCGAGUACUUACUCCGGCAACAGUACUCGUCGAUGGCGAAAACAUGACACACACUCCAGCAGGCAACAAUC